AUGUUUUUUUUUUUUUUGGUUCUGUUCUCUUGUGCCUUUUUUUUUUUUUUUUGUGCUUGCUUCUGCUGCUGUGGGCGUGUGAUAUUCACGGCGUUUUCUCUCUUUUUUUCCAUAUAUAUAUAUAUUCUCCUGUUCUUUGCGUCCUGCAAAAAGUGGAGCGAGCCCUUCGGGAACACAGCCAAGAUGGUUCUGCUGACGGUAAAGGGCACGAUGUUCCCUGAUGAAUUUACUUUUGAAUGCACGGCCUCAACGUCCAUUUCCCCGGAGUUGGCGCGCCAGUUGUGCCACAUCCAGAACGCCCGUCAUCAGGUGAAGCUGCAGCUGCUCUCUGCCCGUGAACUGCUGGAGGAGGCAAGGCGGAAGCGGGGGUUGGACGCCUUCGGUUCAACCGACGACGCCCUUACUUCCUACGGAGGCCUCAUUGAGGAGGUAUCCACACGCCUGAAGGACAAAAAUAAACCAGUCACGUUGGAGGAGUUCGACCAUGACGCGGAGAAACUGCGUGAAAUGACAGAGAAACUUUUUCCGGAGGAGUGUUCUCUUUCCGAGGGAGGCCGAGACGCGGCUGUCGAGCGACUUUACGCGCUACACGACAACCCCGACAUUGACGAAGACUACCGGCUUGUUGUUUACCACUGCCGUGCCAUUCUUGACAAGCGGUGGAAGCAGCAGGAGCUUCAGCGGGAGGACGAGGCCGGGUUGUGGUUUUGCGGCAAACUGAUGGAAGGCACCAUCUCGAAGUAUAGCGGGCGAAACGAGAAGAGUCGCCUCACGGUGAAGGUCCAUCCAAAGGACGGGGCGGCGCCUAGUAUAGAGCCGCGGAUGAGUUAUGAUGACCAGCGUGCCCUCUUUGAGAGGAUGCGUCAGCGACGCGAGGAGUACAAGACUCUUGAAGAGUCUGAGUUGCGGGAAAAAGUGUUGGCUCAGUCACGGGGCAGGGUUGUCUUGGAUGUCGCGUCUGUCUCAGGGGGAGUGCGAGUGGACAUGUCGCGGCUGCGGCCCAUUUGCCCUCGGAAGGAAGAAAACGACGUCACGUAA